AUGCAAGUAAGUGCGUUGAUGGAUGAGGGGAGAUGGCUAAGCUUCGCGGAGUGGGUGAGGUUGAGAGAUGGGUUAAUUACUGAGGCAUGGCGGGAUGUGCUUGUUGGUGCUAUCGCAGGUGUUAGUGAUUGCGAGGGAGGUGAAGAAGACGGGAUUAUGUGUAGUAGAGUCAUUACCCGGAUCUGCUCCCAUCACCCCACCUCUUCGCAUAGCCGCACGCGACAACAGUCCUUCCUCUUCACCCUGAAUCCUUCCAGAACAUACUCCAAGCUGCGGCGAGCUCAACCCCGGCCUACCUUGCCUCACAAACCACAUUUAUUAUUCGAAGGUUCCCUGCCCAUCAUAACCAUGAUUACGGGAAUCCUCCCCACAAAAGACCUAGCAAUGACGAGAGAGGAGUUUGGCCGGUGCUUUGGCGUGAGCGACAGGGGGCUUGUUCUCUCUUGUAGGCUGCGGCGCUGCACACGAGUACUAGUGGGUGUUGUGCCCCAUGGGGGCUCACCCGGGGACCGAGUCAUUGGUUUCGCAGGGUACUUGCUGUACCUGAGUACCAAGACUUAAUCAAGCGGAUGACAAGAACCAUCGGGAGGUGGGGCGUCAUAGUGAAUUGUGCGUCACUAGGGUCCACAGGGUGGUUCUGUUCUUUUGUGGAAGUUACGGGCUGUCGUUCGUACGAUAACAAGCUGGGCUCGGCGGAUAGGAUUGGGUAGCUGAAGGAGAUUGUAGUGGUGGUAGGCUUCCCGCUGGGGGAAGGGAGUGCGUGGGUGAAUUAGCGGAAUGUCAGGGCUACUACAAGUUACAGGUAUAUAGAACCCGAACAUUUGUGUCCAAAUUUUGUAUGGACGGUCAGAUAUGCACAGGCAAUUUGCUAUACAAAUUUUUUAUCCCUGUGUUCGGGUUCUAUAUGCCCAUAA